AAUUGUUGUGGUCUGGGCCAGGCCCUUUUCGCUGAAAGAAAACGGCCUGUGGGCUGGGUCUCAGCAAGCAGCGAGGGUUUUUUAACCAAUUGCCCUUGGAGGUAGGCCAGGUAUGUGGGCGUGCGGAGGCUGUCAUCCCUGAGUUUUGGCGUCCUCAGAGAGUGGGGAGUCAUCCACGGUGCGGUGCAGGAGAGAAAACGCAGCUGCUGUCAAGCAAGAGAAGUUUACGGCUGAUUCAUAGACUGAGGUUCUCAGUACGAGGUUGGUGUCCUACGGGGAGACCCUCUCUUGGCUUUAUAGCUUCUCGACUUCAGACGAGGCUCUUUUGCAGGAAGCUUCCAGAUUUUCAGGACCAUAUUUGUUAUUAUUUUUGGUUUGGUUAAACCUAUUAUGGCUGGAGUUAGUGGUACUGGAGAUGUCCAACCACAUAGGUCUCAUAGAUCUCGUCAGUCAGGCCCAUCUGCCAAGAAAAAAUCAAAAUCUGAUAAGAGGAAGCGUGACAUUUCUGACGAGAAAAAGCAUAAUCCUAAGGCGUUUGCUUUUAGUUCAUCAGUGAAAGCCAAGCGUCUACAAUCACGUGCUACAGAGAAAGAGCAGCGUAGGCUUCACAUCCCAACAAUUGAUCGGUCAACUGGAGAACCGGCUCCAUAUGUUGUUGUGGUCCAUGGGCCUCCUCAGGUUGGGAAAUCACUUCUAAUAAAGUCUCUAGUGAAACAUUACACCAAGCAUAAUUUAUCUGAGGUUCGAGGCCCAAUUACCAUUGUCUCAGGUAAGAAUAGGCGACUACAGUUUGUGGAGUGCCCAAAUGAUAUUAAUGGAAUGAUUGAUGCUGCAAAGUUUGCUGAUUUAGCAUUGCUUCUUAUAGAUGGGAGUUAUGGCUUUGAAAUGGAAACUUUUGAGUUCCUUAAUAUUUUGCAAGUUCAUGGAUUCCCCAAGGUUAUGGGAGUUCUCACACACCUUGAUAAAUUUAAGGAUGCAAAGAAACUGAAAAAGACAAAGCAACGUCUCAAGCAUCGAUUUUGGACUGAAAUAUAUGAUGGAGCUAAAUUAUUUUACUUAUCAGGUCUUAUUCAUGGGAAGUACCCUAAACGUGAAAUUCAUAAUCUUGCAAGGUUCAUCUCUGUUAUGAAGUUUCAUCCUUUGUCUUGGCGAGCUUCUCAUCCCUAUAUUUUGGUGGAUCGUUUUGAAGAUGUCACACCACCAGAAAGAGUGCAACUGAAUAACAAAUGUGACAGGAAUAUCACACUUUAUGGUUACUUACGAGGCUGCAAUUUGAAGAAAGGAACUAAGGUGCAUAUUGCUGGUGUAGGUGAUCACAGUUUAGCUGGUGUCACUGGGUUAGCUGAUCCCUGCCCCUUACCAUCAGCUGCCAAAAAGAAGGGAUUGCGAGACAGGGACAAACUAUUUUAUGCACCUAUGUCUGGUCUUGGGGAUCUCCUAUAUGACAAGGAUGCUGUCUACAUAAACAUAAAUGACCAUCUUGUACAGUUUUCUAAUGUUGAUGAUGAAAAUGGGGGAGCUGCUCGGAAAGGAAAGGAUCGUGAUGUAGGUGAAGUCUUGGUGAAAUCACUUCAGAAUACUAAAUAUUCAAUUGAUGAGAAGUUAGAAAAAAGCUUCAUUUCUCUUUUUGGCAGGAAGCCAAAUGUUUCAUCUAAAGCCAAUAAUUUGAAUGGUAUUGAUGAAAUUGUUGAGAACAUCAAUGGAGAAGAGCUAGGCCAAUAUCAGUCUAGGGGUGAAAAUGAAGCUGAUGGAUCUGAUGAAGGAACUGGUUCUGAAGAUUCGGAUGGUUCAGCAUCAUUAGAGCAAGAUCAUGCUGCUAAAAAGGAUGCAACUUUAACAAGUAAAGAGGGUCUUGAAGAAGAAAACGGUAAUGCAUCAGAACUGCAACCCCCUUUAAAAGAUAACGUUGAGGAAAAGAUUGAGUUCCAUGAUGGAAGGCUGAGGAGAAAAGCUAUUUUUGGAGAUGACAUUGAUGAUGAUCUAAAGGAUUUGGAUGAAGAUGAUGAAGAAAAUGAAGAUGAUGGAGAUAACCUGUCAUUUUCUGGUUCAUAUUCUUCUGAGGAAGAUGGAGAGGAUCAAAAAACAGAUGGAGAUGAGAUGGGGAAUGUUUCAAAGUGGAAAGAGUCCUUGGUGGAAAGAACCAUCCCAAAACAAAAUACUAAUCUUAUGCGACUGGUAUAUGGUGAAGAAUCUGCUUCACGUUCUACAAAUUCUGUUGAUGAAGCACAUCAUAGUAGUGAGGAUGAAGAAAGUGAGGAUGAUGAAUUCUUUAAGCCAAAAGGAGAGGGAAACAAGAAGUUGAGAGAAGGAUUGGGUAGUGGCCAUGUAAAUGCUGAGGACUGUUCCAAAUUCACAAAUCAUGCAAAUCUCAAGAAAUGGAAAGAGGUUGAAAUUGUUGAAAGCAUUCGUGAUCGUUUUAUCACUGGGGAUUGGUCAAAGGCUGCUAGUAGAGGUCAAGUCUUGGAGACUGGUAGUGAUCGUGAUGAUGAUGAUGUUUAUGGUGAGUUUGAAGACCUAGAAACGGGUAAGCAGUAUCAGAGCCAAGAGGCAGGAGAUGCUGGGAAUGAUGCAAUCCACAAGGAAAAUGAUUCAUCAAUUGAGGAAAGGAGGCUUAAGAAGCUUGCUUUGCGUGCAAAAUUUGAUGCUCAAUGUGAUGGAUCUGAAUCAUCAGAUGAGGAAAUUAAUGCUGAACAUGGGUCCAAGUUUCACCGUAGACAAGCUAAUGAAAGUGGAUUUUUUGACAAGUUGAAAGAGGAGGUUGAACUUCGGAAACAAAUGAAUAUGGCUGAACUCAAUGAUCUUGAUGAGGAAACUCGAAUAGAAGUAGAGGGAUUUAGGACAGGAACUUAUCUAAGAUUGGAGGUCCAUGAUGUUCCUUUUGAGAUGGUUGAACAUUUCGAUCCGUUCCAUCCUGUUUUAGUUGGAGGAAUUGGUCUUGGGGAGGAAAAUGUUGGUUACAUGCAGGUAAGGAUAAAGAGGCAUAGGUGGCACAAGAAAUUACUAAAGACUAGAGACCCAAUAAUAGUUUCUAUUGGAUGGAGGCGGUACCAAACUAUACCUGUAUAUGCCACAGAGGACUGCAAUGGGCGGCAUCGUAUGCUCAAAUAUACUAAAGAACACAUGCACUGUCUUGCCAUGUUUUGGGGCCCUCUAGCACCUCCGAACACUGGAGUGGUUGCUGUGCAGAAUUUAUCCAACAAUCAGGCAACAUUUAGGAUCAUUGCCACUGCAGUUGUCUUAGAGUUCAAUCAUGCAGCACGCUUAGUAAAGAAGAUCAAGCUAGUUGGUGAGCCCUGCAAAAUUUUCAAGAAGACAGCACUUAUAAAGAACAUGUUUACUUCGGAUCUUGAAAUAGCUAGGUUUGAAGGUGCAGCAGUCCAGACUGCUAGUGGUAUCCGGGGACAGGUGAAGAAGGCUGCAAAAGAAGAGCUUGGUAACCAACCCAAAAAGAAAGGAGGACUUCCUAGAGAAGGGAUUGCCAGGUGCACAUUCGAGGAUAGAAUAUUGAUGAGUGACCUGGUUUUCUUGCGUGCCUGGACUGAAGUUGAAGUUCCUUGCUUCUUCAAUCCAUUGACAACAGCCCUGCAACCCCGUGAUCAGACCUGGCAAGGAAUGAAAACUGUGGCUGAAUUAAGGAGAGAGAACAAUCUUCCCGUUCCCGUUAACAAAGAUUCACUCUACAGGCCAAUUGAAAGGAAGGCAAGGAAGUUCAACCCGUUGGUUAUCCCCAAGUCAUUACAGGCGGCUCUCCCCUUUGCUUCAAAGCCCAAAGAUAUUCUAAAACGAAAGAAGCCUCUUCUGGAGAACCGAAGAGCUGUUGUUAUGGAACCCCACGAGCGAAAAGUCCACGCUCUUGUUCAACACCUUCAGAUGAUUAGAAAUGAGAAGAUGAAGAAGCGAAAGCUGAAAGAAACAGAAAAGAGGAAAAGAUUUGAAGCAGAGAAGGCCAAGGAGGAGCAGGUGUCGAGAAAGCGUCAGAGAGAAGAACGAAAGGAGAGGUACAGGGCACAAGACAAACAGAGUAAGAGAAUCCGAAAAGGCCCAUGAAUUAAUUGGUAAUUGAUUGGGAACUAUCUUCUCCAUCCCAAUUUUAGGAGAUAUUUCCCUCAUCUUUAAUAUAUGUUGUUUUUGUGGAUAAUUAUCAUCAAGGGAGGAAUAUGGUUAAUUUGAGACCAUUAACUCACCUAAAAUUGUGAAGUUUUUAACUUUGAAUAUCAUCAUUUAUUAUAUUUUUGAAGUAAUAGUUUAUCCAACCCCUUCCCUUAAUGCAACUCACAUGUUUCUCUC